CUCCGAAUCAUGGCGGCUUCACUGGCUAGAGGUCGAGCCAGCACUUACUGUUUUUCCCUUCAGCUUUGGAAGACAAGUGUUCGGCAUGCUUCCAAAGGUUCAAACGCAUACUACGUUUUAUUGCCUGAGAUCCCCCCUGACACAGCAGAGACGAAUGCUGUAAUGCGAACAGACCAACUACCACAGUUUUCUGAAAUAAGUCCCGCUAAAUGUGUGAAUGCUUGUGCCAAGCUGGCUAUUGAGUACGAAACUAAAUUGGAGAACCACAUUGAGGCGCUUAAAGAUGCCAAGAAGGACAAAACAUUUGAGAGUGUUUACCAUCCCCUGGAGGAAAUAGCUGUUCCUUUGAACACUGCUUGGGCCACGGUGAAAAAUUUGAACUACGUGUCUGAUGACUAUCGCCGAGCAUUCUCGAGGGUUCACCCUCAAGUUGAAAGAGCAAAGAAUGAAAGAUGGGUCAGUGAGACCUUGUUUUAUGCCUUCAAAGAGUUGGAGUCAAACAGCGCCAACCUCACAGAGUUCCAGCGGAGACUGGUGGAUGUUUAUCUUCUUGAGGGUCGGCUGAACGGCAUUGAGCUCUCCGCUGCCGACCGCAGCCAGCUGGUGGAGGCCUUGAAGCUCAUCGGGAAGGAAAGCCACAACUUCAGGAACAAAGUUCGAAUAUGCACAGAAAUGUUCACUCACGACAUUUCAGACUUCGGAUCUUUGGAGGAGAUGCCCUGGCCUUUACUGGCGCAGAUGUCAAGAGACAGUGAGAAUCCCACCCGGGGUCCUUGGAGAGCCACCCUCCAGCCAGCCAGCUACCAGUCCAUGAUGACGUACUGCAGCGAUCGCAUGACCCGCUGGAACCUCUGGCAGGCCUACCAGAACCGGGCGUCUCACGUUCAUGCCGGCCAGUUCCUCAACAACAACAAACUCAUCGACAACCUCAGGACCUACAGAUCAGAUGUUGCUAAAAUGCUGGGCUAUGAGAACUUUGUGGAGAUGUCCAUGGAAACUAAAAUGGCUGGUUCAGUGGAGAAUGUCCUCAGCAUGAUUGAAACACUCAAGGGUCGCUUUGCCCCUGUGCUGUGGGAGGAAGUGGAACAGCUGCAGAAGUUUGCUGAGUCCGAGGGUUUCCGGAACCGUCUGGAGAUGUGGGACAUGAGCUACUGGCAGAGACGGCAGCGGGAACAUCUUUAUGGUGCUGACAAAGAAAAGGUUUCUGAGUACUUCCCAUUGAAUACGGUGCUGCUUGGCCUGUUUGACUUGUGUACGAAGCUGUUUGGGGUUAGCUUUGAAGAAGUAACACCAGAAGUGGACUUAUGGCAUAGUGAUGCUCGCUUCUUCAACAUCACAGAUGCAAAUGGGGAUCAUCUCAGCUCUUUUUACUUUGACCCAUUUGCAAGACGCGAGAAGACACCCAGCCCCUACAUGGAUAUGGGCAGAGAAAACAGUGAAGUCAUGGGAACUUGGCCUUAUUCCUACCUGUCUUUAAAGAUUCCACGCCCACAGUCUCCCAGCGAUCCUUCUCUGAUGAGAUUUGAAGAUGUGCAGAUGUUGUUUCAGGAGUUUGGACACGGGCUACAACAGAUGCUGACGAAGGUCCCCUACAGCGAAAUCUCAGGUCAGAAGAACAUUGAGUGGGACGCGGUCCAGGUGUGCUCCAAGUUCCUGAAGCAGUGGCUGACGGUGCCCAGCGUGGUCAGGUCGCUGAGUGGACACCACGAGACGGGCCAGGCCAUUCCUGACGACCUGCUGGAGAACACCAUCAAGGCCAGCAGCCAUUCCUACAACUUCGACAUGAUGUACCAGCUGUAUGUCUCUGCGUUUGAUAUGGAGAUCUACAUGACAAAUACCCAGUGGCGAACCAUCAUGGCUCAGCUGUGGGACUCGUUUCUGCCACUCCCUCUGGAUGACAAGGAUUGUCUCCCCUGCUCAAUGACACCUAUCUUCUGCGAGCUGUACCCAGCCGCGUACUACUCCCACAAAUGGUCAGAGAUGAUUGCUGCCGAUUUGUUUUCUGCUUUCAAAGAGGUUGGCUUGGAAAAUGAUGAUGAAGUGAAAAAGUUGGGAAAACGGUUCAGAGACACAUACUUAUCCCUGGGAGGUGGUGUUCCUGCCAGCGAAGUCUUUCGUCGAUUCAGGGGUCGUGACCCCUCCACCGAUGCUCUCCAGCCCCCUAUCCUUUCAUGAUAUGAUUGAAGUCGUUUUUUUGCAUAUUCCUUGGUCAACCAUCUGUUCAUGUGAUACCAUUAUUCUCAGUUCGCAUGUUUUUUUGGUUUUUUUUUUACAUUUUCCUCAGCUAGAUGUAUGAUGUGGUUUGAAAAUAAAAGUUACCCACCUCAUCUCUACAAGUAACAUGCCACGUAUAGAAUGGAACUAAUGCUUUAGGAACUGGUUUGUUGUUGUGAAAGGAGAUGAGAAACUUAUAAAAGUAAGAUUAAUUAAAAAGAAAAAAAUUUGUUGAAUAUAUAUGGUUAUGACAUUUCAGCACCUGCGAAAAGGAUUUGAAUUGAAAUGUCAUUGUUUUGUGAU